CAACAGUUUUUAAAAUGUCAAAAACUGAAGUACUGAUAAAAUGUCUGAGACAAAUGUCUUCACAAAAAACUACUGCCAAUAUUUGCAUCGUUGGUGCAGGACCUGCUGGAUUUUAUUCAGCUCAGCAAAUCUUGAAAAGUAUCGCUAGUGUUAAAGUAGAUAUUAUAGAACGAUUGCCAGUCCCUUAUGGUUUGGUGAGAUAUGGUGUAGCUCCAGAUCAUCCUGAAGUAAAGAACGUCAUAAAUACUUUUCAUAAAGUAGCUAAAGAUGAAAGAGUGCAGUUUUUGGGUAACAUAAAUGUUGGAAAAGACGUUAGUGUUAGCGAAUUGAAGGAAUAUUAUGAUGCAGUCUUAUUGUCUUAUGGUGCUGAAGAAGAUAAAACAUUGAAUAUUCCAGGAGAAAAUUUAGAAAAUGUUAUACCAGCAAGAAGUUUUGUAGGCUGGUACAAUGGUGUUCCUUGUGAUAAAGAUUUAGAUAUUGAUUUAGGAGUAGAAGAUGCUGUUGUCUUAGGUCAAGGAAACGUAGCCAUUGACGUUGCUAGAAUUCUUUUGUCUCCCAUUGAUAAAUUGAAAAACACAGACAUAACGUCUUACUCUCUUGAAAAAUUAUCACAAAGCAAAGUCAAAAGAGUUUGGCUUGCGGGGAGAAGAGGUCCAUUGCAAGCAGCUUUUACCAUUGCUGAACUUAGAGAACUAUUAAAACUAGAUAAUUGCAAAACGUGUUGGAGAGCGGAUGAUUUUGAUGGUAUAAAAGAAAUCGUUCCCAAUCUCGUAAGGCCCAGAAAAAGAUUGACGGAACUAAUGUUAAAAUCUGUCGAAGACGUAGCAUCAGACGUACGACAAUGGGAGAAAGAAUUUCAUCCGAUAUUUUUACGCAGUCCUGUAGAAAUUUUAGGAUCCAAAAGAGUUGAAAGAGUUAGGUUUUGUGUUAACGAAUUAGUAGGCGAGGAUAUGUUGAAACAAACCGCAAAACCAACAAAUAAAUUUGAAGAAGUGCCGUGUGGCUUAGUAAUAAGAAGUAUCGGGUAUAAGUCUAAUCAAAUUGAUGGGUAUGUUCCUGUUGACUUGAAAAACGGAAAAGUUUUAAAUUCGGCUGGAAAAGUAGAAAAUAAUUUGUACGCGGCAGGGUGGGUUGCAACUGGACCCACUGGUGUAAUUCUUUCAACUAUGACGGAUGCAUUUCGGGUUGCGCAAUUAAUGGCUCGAGAACUGAAAGUUGUUGGACAUAAACCUGGUUAUCAUGAAUUAAGAAAAGUUCUGUUGCAAAAAAACAUUCACCCAAUCACUUACGAAGGAUGGCAAAAAAUAGAUGAAGAGGAGUGCAAUAGAGGCAAAAAACUGGGAAAACCUAGAGAAAAAAUUGUAGAUAUUUCUGAAAUGUUAAAAAUAGCCUCGAGUUAA